AAUAUUUGCUAACGGUGGGUUUGUACUAUUACAAAUGGUAUCAGAGCUAGUCACCAGACGAUGCAAGGCACCGGUUGGAGUAGGGCUAGACCUCUCCAUAGUAGACGCGUUUUAAAACUAUGAAUCUAACGACGAUAUAUAACGGGUCAAAGGAGACAAUAUCUACUAGCGGUGGGCUUGGGCUGUUACAAAUGGUAUCAGAGUCAGUCACUGGACGGUGCGAGGCACUGGUUGGAGUAGGGCUAGACUCUCUCCAUAGUAGACGCGUUUUCAAACUAUGAGACUGACGGUGAUACAUAACGGAUCAAAGCGGACAACUUCUACUAGCAAUGAGCUUGGGCUGUUACAUUAAGUGUACUAUCUACCUAAGAAUUUUCUUGAGAUGUAUGUGAGUAUGGACGAAUCGUGCUCGAAUAACUCAUAUUGGUCCAUGAGAAUAGUCUACCAUCUUAAAAAGUGAAAAACAGGUAAUGUGACCAUGUUGUAUAAAAGAAUGUCAGGGUCAUCGGGGGCCAAAUUCGGAUUCUAAGUCCUCAUUCAAAACCUCACGUAUAUCUAAACAAAUACAUGGAAUAAACAAAUAUAUGUGUGGAGAGGGGGAUUGGUGAGUUGGGAAUAUUAGGUGGAUCCAUGCAUGAGGAUCUCCAUAUUAAUUCCAAUGCAGAGGCGUUACACCUUCCUGCUAAAACAUCUGCCUCUCUUUCACAACUUCUCUAGACCUUUCAUCUGUAUUCACUUCAUUGAUCAAAACAAACACACAAAAGAGAAUUUGAUUUGACUUCGUUUUACAAUGGACAAUUAAAGCCAAGAUCUGUGGGUAGAGCUGUAGCUGCUCAAUCCAAGUCUGGACCCACAGGAAUUCCCUUUUGUUUUUUACUCUCAUUUGGAUUCUUUUCAAGAACUUCUCUCAUAUCUUCAUUUCAUUACCUUGAUUCCCACAACAAUUCUCUGUUCUAAAGCAAUGGAGGCUCAAAACCAUGCCACUGAUGAAUCUGUCUCCUCUGGGCCUUGUGUGGAUUUUCAGCUCAACUUCAAGAACAACCCAACUAACCAUGAUACCACUUCUGCCAAUUCCUCUAAUGUGGGCUUGGGAUUGGAACUGGGAUUGGGAGCAGCUCAUUCAGAUCAAGAUAGCUAUCAUCAAGCCUAUCAAAACAGUAAUCCAGGCCUUGGAAACUUCUCUCCUCUCCAGGAUUUGUCUCUAACUCUAAACAUGCGUUCCACCGGCACCAGCCCACAUAGCGUCAACAUUACUAACGUUUAUCAGAACUGGGUAAGACGGCAGCAGGCACACUCCCACAAUCCCAUGCCUUUCAGGCUGCAGUCCGGGAUGAAUUCAUACCAUGAUGAUCGACCCGAAGCACCAAAACUUAGAAAGAGAGCUCGAGAUGAUGAUGCUGCUCUAACGCAUUGCACCGUUAGAGAGUCGUUGUCGUCACAGACUUCCCUAUACACCAAGGGUGGAACAGGGAAAUUUGGGAGAAUGAAGAAUCAAUCGGCUCAUGUUUCGUCUUUAAUUGCUGCGAAGAGGAACCCAUCGGAUGGCAGGCCUACCAACUCUGUUUAUGAUAUCAUGUUUGAAGAAGUUGGUCUACCAAUGGAUCCUCAUCUUCGCCUCUUUUCCCCCCUUUAAUUUUCAUUAUCUCUUAUAUUUAUAUCACUUAUGUACGAACAAUUUCACUCCAUUCGAAUGACGCACAUCAUAGAUCGAUACAAGUUCACAAUUUUCUAUGCAUG